AUGCCAAAACGAGAUGCAGCUUCUCUUAGUGCCCUUGUGUCUGGUUUGAUUCAAAAUGAUGAACUUGAUGAGGCCGCUGAUCUCUUAUUUAAAAAUGGGAAAAGGGGUGACAAUGAAAAAUAUCUCAUUCACGCUUAUAAUACUUUGAUUGCUGGGUACGGCCAGAAAGGUAGGGUUCAGGAUGCUCAACGUCUUUUUUAUCAGAUACCAGUUCGUGAUAACAAGGGAAGUGGGGGAGACUUGAGGUUCGAAAGAAAUGUGGUAUCUUGGAAUUCUAUGAUUAUGUGCUAUGUCAAAGCUGGAGAUAUUGUUUCCGCAAGGAAGUUGUUUGAUCUGAUGGAGGAUCGAGAUACAUUUUCCUGGAACACAAUGAUUAGUGGCUAUGUUCAUGUGCUGAAUAUGGAUGAGGCGACCAAACUCUUUUUACAAAUGUCAAAUCCUGAUACCUUGUCUUGGAAUUUGAUAAUCUCGGGCUACACACAGGCAGGGGAUAUGGAACUUGCACGCAAUUUUUUUGAGAGAAUGCCUCAGAAAAAUCAGAAAGAAGGAGAGAAACCUGACCAUCAUACUCUGUCCUCGCUUCUUAGCAUUUGUGCUGAAACUACAGAUGUGAUACUAGAUGUGGGGCAAUAG